UCACGCUAUUUAAGCUGCUUAUCGAAGGACAGAUUUGGAAAAUAAACAAGAUUUCUGAAAUCGGAAAAAGCUAACUAUUAGAUUUAAGAUGUUCGAGGAGACUUUCCAAAACUUCACGAUCAAUUUCAACGCUUUAAACCCGAAAGUGACAUUUUCGGGCGGAGAUGUCUUGUCAGGUCAAGUGCUGUUUGAGCUCACGAAAGAAGCAAAGAUUCAGUCCAUCAUGAUGUCGCUGAAAGGAAAAGCUAACGUGUUAUGGCACGAACAAACUCGGGGCCCUUCUACCACUGGCGGUAGAGUAGGAGUACAUAGAAGAAGGCGAGGAGCGGCCAGAGGGAGAAGAAGAACAUACUCCGCCGAGUUGAAUUUCUUCAACCUCUCCCACAUUGUGAUGCAGACGAACGAUGCAAAUGGUCACACCGUCUUACCUCCCGGGAAGCAUGUGUUUCCAUUUACAUGCCAACUUCCACAUGGUGACUUCCCUCCGUCGUUCAAAGGGACGUAUGGGAAAAUUAUGUAUUCCAUGGUUGUUGCCAUACACAGACCUUGGCAUUUGGCUAAAGAAUUUGAUACGGAGGUCCAGUUUGCCAGCCGCACGGAUGCCAACCACCCACAUCUUCGGAUGCCGCUGACAGGGUCUAAUUCCAAGACCCUCUGCUGUCUGUGGUGCACCAGUGGCCCCGUGUCCUUAAACGCUCAGGUCGAGAGGAAAGGCUUCAGCCCAGGAGAGACAGUGAAAAUCAUUGCAGAGAUUGGCAACGCCUCCAGUCGCACAGUGACGCCGCACGCCAAACUGGUGAUGGAGCAGAUUUUCUACUCCUCGGGCAGAGCGAAGAGGAAAUACCUGUCAACUGUAAAGUCACGAAAAGACGGCCAAUCCAUCAAUCCGAACACUACGGAUGUACACAGUGAGAUCAUGCUUCACAUCCCAGAGAAUGCUGCCUUAACCAUCGCCAACUGCCAGAUCAUCGACGUUCAGUACUAUGUUAUGGUGUCGCUGAGCAUCUCCCGCAGUUCAGACCUGGAAAUCAAAUUCCCCAUUUCACUGUGCGGCAUUCCCUUCAAUCCCAAUCAGGCCCCUACAACUGUCCAACCUCAGAGCCAGUACCCUGGACAGUACCCAAAUCAGCAACCCGGUCCGUACCCAAAUCAGCAACCCGGUCCGUACCCAAAUCCACAACCCGGUCCGUACCCAAAUCCACAGCCAGGUCCAUACCCAAAUCCACAACCAGGAGCAUACCCAAAUCCACAACCUGGUCCGUACCCAAAUCCACAGCCAGGUCCAUACCCAAAUCCACAACCAGGAGCAUACCCUAAUCCACAACCAGGUCCAUACCCAAAUCAACCAUCAGGUCCAUACCCAAAUCAACCACCAGUUCCAUACCCUAAUCAACCCGGUCCAUACCCUAAUCAACCAGGGCCGUACCCAAAUCAACCAGGGCACAAUUGAUUCCCAAUACCUUACCUGCUGCAGGUCACCUCAGUUUCUGGGUCCUCCACUGAAGUCAGUGUUGACAUCUGUUACAGUAUAGAGGAGGUUGUAUAUCAGUUGAUGUCAGGCAGUAUAGAAGCCAUGGUUGCAGGUUGUUUAAAGACUUCCUGUCUUCCUUAAACAGACUUAAUCUCCCUCUCUUCCUGUUCUCACUGCAUGAGAAAGGUAAGAUUUUCUGGUUCAUAUCUGAAGACAUAUCUUGUCAUCCUGAGAUUUCUUGGACUCAACUAGAGUUGAUAACCGUCUAAAGCAUAUUUAGAUGUCUGUGUAAACCAGCUACAUAACUGGAUGCUUUAUUCUGCUUCAAUCUUUUCUUUGUGUUAUACAUUUCUUCUUGAAUGGGUAUUUUAUGAAUUUUAUGUUACAUUACCUGGAAGUGUACUUUAUGAAAAAGCCUAAGAAAGCCACUCUCACACCACUACUAUACUUGAUUUUUUAAAACGUUUUGUUGUACUUUUUCAUUUUUAUGAAUGGUUAUGGUUAUGGAAUUUAGUCGACACUUUUGUCUAAAGCAACUUACAAAGUAGAACAAUGCAAUAGUUUAAAAUGAGCGGUAAACAGUUUUAAAAAGCUGGAAAGACUAGAUUAAGAAAAAUAGCAACAGUAACAAUAACGGCAAUGCAAUAUCAAGUAAAUAAGUUAUGGUAAAUAAGCAAACCAUAGCUUAUAAGAACCACUUAAUUAGAUAAACAUAAUUAUUUAUGUUCAUACAGUGAGGAGAAAAUGUAUUUGAUACCAUGCUAAAGUUGCCUAAAAAGAGGAAUAUAAAAUCGUCAUUUGACAAUUGAUCUUAAUGUCUUAAUUCAAAAAUUGAGUAAAAAUAAAACCGCUAAGUACGCCAAUUUUCUUUGUGAUGG